CCGUGUGUGUGUGACCCCCGUGCAGACAUGAGUCCCAAAAGCUGCCUCGGCUGCACCAAGUGGUUCCUCUUCCUCCUCAACCUCCUCUUCUUCUUCCUGGGCAUAUUCCUCCUCGCCUUCAGCUUUUGGCUUCUCUUCGACCGGCAGAGCUUUGCCACCGUGCUGGGGUCACCGCUGGUCAGCCUGAGGGUCUGGUCUUACGGCUUCUCUGGGGUUGGCAUCGCCACAAUGCUCCUCGGAUUCCUGGGGUGCCUGGGGGCCCUCAAGGAGGUCAAGGUCAUGCUGGGGCUGUAUUUUGGGCUCCUGCUCCUGCUCUUCACUGCCCAGAUCACCGUGGCCAUCAUCGUCUACACGCAGCGCGCCACCCUGGCUACAAAGGUGGCUGCCUACACAGAGGAGCUGAUCCGGGGGUACCCAGCCCAGGGACCACCUGGGGACACCCAUGAGAGCUGGGACGCUGUCCAGCAACAGCUCGGCUGCUGUGGCUGGAAAGGACCCCAGGACUGGGACCACCAUGAUGACUCCACCAGGGACAGGGACAGGGCCAUUGCCUGCUCCUGCCUCAGGGCACACAACAGCACCCACAAGACCCCAUCGAUGCUCCCCCACGGCCGCUGCCCCAUGGCUGCCCUCCAGGACAUCUUCCCCAGGGGCUGCAAGGAGAGGGUCCAGACCUGGCUGGCUGGAAACCUGGUCACCAUCGUGGGGGUUUGCAUAGGCAUCGGCCUGGGAGAGCUCUUCCUUCUGAUGCUGUCGAUGUUCCUGGUCCGGAACCUGGACUCCCACUACGAG